GUUUUCUUCACACGAAAUGGUGAAACCAUUGGAGUCAGACAAGUUCGUAUUCCUAAAGGAGGAUUCUUUCCUACAAUAGGAAUGUUGAGUGUUGAGGAAAAGGUGCGUGUUGAUUUAAGACCUCUGACUGGUUAACAAGAAUUAAUCUGCCAGUGAAAACAGUUGUAGCUAAUAGCUGAAAUCACUGGUAGCUAUUUUUUUUAACAUAUCUGUGAUUAAUUGUUUGUGCUUGGGUCACAACUUGUUUUGUCCGUUCUUUGUCAAUCUCUAUGUGAAAGGUAGUUGAAGUUUCAUUGCUUGUUUUUCUAAAGUAUUAGUUGCUUAUACUUUGCGCAUGAUGAAGGAAAUGUUACAUUGUGUCUUAUGCAACAAGUGAUCAAAGCUUUACUUUGUGAUAAACAUUUGUUUUAUAUAGUCUCAUAAAACAUCAGUGACUCCAUUGGAAUGUGGGCACCUAAUCUGCAGGCAAUACAAUUUAAAUGUAUGUAAAAUUCACACCUGUAAUUUCAUUAAAAUUCUUUUAUUUUCUUUGUCAAAACGGGGUUUAAAAAAGAUGACCCCGUAGCUCCAGUCUCCAUUACUAAUUUCAAUCAAUUUUGCAACAACAAUACACAAGAUUUGUGUAAAUUUUGCCCUUUAAGUUACUAAUUCAAUGUGACUAACAAUACAAGGACCAAACAGAGAUUGCUUCUGAUGCCCGUUGCCAUUAUAACUACUUACUAUUAGACUAAUUCUUUAGGGAAAUGCUACUGUUACUUGCAUGUCUAUGUAAGGAUCCGGCACCAUGUUUAUAAUGUGUUUAAAUUUUAUUCCAAUAUUUUCUCAUUUUCAACACUGUUGAAAAAGUUUUCAGCACUGUUGAGUAAAGAGAAGAAAAAAUUGUGUUGCUUAAAAACUGGGAACAUAAGUGGCAUUUGAAUUGAGAAGUAUAGCGAAAUACUCUGAAUACUGGAAGAAGAGAAAGAAGAAGGUGUAGAAUAGACAAUUUUUGCUUGUGGAUGAAGGUGGUGAAAUGUAGGACAUUAUUUCUUUUCCAAUAAUGAAAACUAACUUUACUUCUGUUACUCAAUGUGGAUCUGGAUGUAAUAUGAUACAUCAUUCUAGUAAAUCUAGAUAUCUAUAUAAAAGAGGAAUGUACUAUGUAGGGAAUUCUCACCAUUGCUGCAAGAAAAUAUUGGCCUAUUUUUUUCAUUUUGUGAGGGUCUAAAUUAGAGAAAGUGUACUGGAAAUCAAGAACAGUGAGAAUAUAAACAUUUACAUUAUAUUAUUUACUUACUCGUCUGUUAGUCUUGAUUUAAUAUUUUAGAUGGUCUUCAGAUGCCUUCCCUUGGUCCUUGAUGUAAUUAUAAUUUUGUUUAUGUUGGUGAACAACUUCCGGUAUUCGGUUCAAACUGCUCGAAGUCAGGUGAGCAAUAGUAAGUUUCAGUGUGUGUUACAGACAUUGUUGCUCACCUGACUUGAAACAGUGUAAAUUAGCUUACAAAUUAUCCCAGUCCUUCCACAUUUCAAUUUUAAUAUUUAGUUUUACACAUAUUUGUUAGUUUUGUUGUUGCAGUUGUACAUGCUGACUCCAAAAGUUGCUUUGUGUGAUUGCCAAAUCUCAUGACAAUUCUAAAGGAAUCACUAGAGAUUUGUAAAAAUCUCUAACAUUUGUUGCACAUUUUCAACUUUUGUAUAUUAGAAGGAAUUCUAUGCAAUUAUGAAGGCUUGUGAUUAUUCUGGCUCGGGCUCUGGUGUUAGGUAAUAGUCCAUGGCAAAGGAACAAAACAAAUGCAUUUGUAAUAUUUAAUGUGACCCAUGUACAUUCAGUAGUGCAAAGUAUGUAUUGGCAAGAAUGUGAUGACUGUACAGUGCAAUUUCUUCCCCUCGUGGCGGUUUUGUGUGCAUUGUUAUUCUUUUCUAGUUCAUUGUUCAGUGUUGUAUGACAAAAGGUUACUUGCAUUUUUGAAAAAUGGAAUGAAAUUUCAUUUGGACUGCAAGAUGUUCAUUAAACUGUAAAUGUAUUACAUACUUAAACUGAUAGUGAUAAUGUGAUUUGUGUAUAGCUGUGUGAAAAUUUACAAUUUUUGGCCUUCAUUUGAUUAUUGUAUUGCAUAUCUUUAAUUUCAUGUAUGAGUAGAGAGAAAAUAGUUUCCUGCAUAUAACUUGAAAAUAAUAACCCAUUUCAUAGUUGAGAUAUCAAGGGCUUGGGGCAGCAACAAAAUAAAGCCAUGCCAGUCACACCAAGCUUCCCUCUAUUCAUCAAUGCUAAUAGCUUAAUUUUGGUGAAAUGGUGGCAAUUGCUUGGGGGCACUCACAUUUUCAUUUUGGCCAAAAUUGAAAUACUAAACACUGGGAAGGUUGUUGUUGCUGGGCGGCUUAUCAUGUAUCUACCCCUUAUGUAGAAUAAUUUGAAAUAUUAAAAAUGUUAUUUUGUAACUGUUACUAUGUUUAUUCUUCACCAAAUUGAGCACCCUAUAUUUUAUUCAUUUCUGUUUAGCUCCCCUCAUUUGGUUGUUUUAUAGCUUGGUAAAAACUAGUUUUAAAAUGAUUAAUAAUAAAUUUUUUAUUAUAUGUGUACAAAAAAAGUUUGAUCCCCUGUUUAAAACUAGUAAGUAUUGUAUUUGUAAGAAGCCUUUGAAAUUAGGAUUUCAUUUAAACGUUUCUAGCAGCUAAUUCAGUUUGUAAGUUUACAAGUUAUAUGCUGGAUAACAAAUUGAAUGGGUUUUUUUUUCUCCCACAGAAUUUAUCAUUUAUAUCAAUGGUAAUUGUAAAACAUAAUUAUUGUAUAAAAAUGGAAAUGUUUGUGUACUUACAUACAUCAUUGUUAUUGUUAGGAUUGCUUUAACUCAAUUUUUUUACAAAUAAUCUCUCUGUUCGUACUUAUGAUGUUUAAUGUAAAACAGCUAUAUAUAUACUUACUAUAUGUACGUUUCAUGUGCAUUUCAAGCAAUCUCCUAAUGAAUUUUUUCGAUAGCUUAUGUUGAGCUGCACAAACUUUGCAUUCCUGUUGUUAUUAAUUUAUGUUGUUAUUAUUAUUAUUAUUAUUAUUAUUAUUAUUAUUAUUAUUAUUAUUAUUAUUAUUAUACUAUUGUGAUGACGAUUGAGCUCCUGUUACUUUGAAUGGAAUUAUAGUAAUAUUGAAAGAAUCCAAUAUUUUGAGAUUAUCGUAAUACUGUUUUUGAGUUACUAAUACUACAAUAUUUUGGGAGACAAUUAUUAUGGUGCUGAAGAUACAUAACAGAGAUCAUUGCUUUUGUGAGUGUAUUGCUUUGCCUUAAAUUUUAUUAAAUUUCCUUUUAAUCACCCCCCCGCCCCUCUUUAUCUCUUUGUAUAUUUAUAGUGUUCCAUAUUUUUAUAACAAUUCAAAAGUGUUAAUUAAUUAUGUUUGGAUACCAAAGAUCUCUUAAUGAUGGAAUCACAGUAAAUCUGCUAGGUAAAAUGUAAUGUGAAUAACUAAAAAUAGAUUCUUUUGCCAUAAAAUAGUUGCUGGAAAUAUUUGUUAUAAUUUUGUUAUGUAAUAAUUUUCAGUACUGGUCAUAAGCAAUAGUACACAACAUGCACUUUUGAAGUAAUUAAAAUGUUUUCCAGCAUAUACGGAACUGGAUAAAGAACGAAAAAACGUGUUUAUUUAUUUUACUUAUGCUGCUUCAUCUUCAAAUUUCAUGUUGGAUAUAAUUAUUAUUGUUGAAUUAAUGUUUUAAAAAUCUAUAUAUUUUUCAAAGCUAUUUGCGUAUCAAUCCUUUAUAAACUUGAAGUUGAACAAUUUUCUUGGUAUAUUAAUAAUCUGUGAAGAACCUUGCAGUCCAAAUAUUUUCAUAUCAAAGCCUGCAAUUUAGCUGUAAUUUCUUGUGUUAUGCAACAUGUUUUAUAUGAAAAAAUUUAUAUCUGAAAGUACCAUUAAAAUGUUUUUGUUGGUUGAUUUUAGUACUUUUAUCUGACUCUCACAUAAUUUUAAAACUCAGCUUGUUAUUAUAUUUGCUGGUAAUAAUAGUGGUGUAAAAGUUUAUUGAAAACUUAAUUGAUUAAGCAUAUUUGUAGAUUAAACCUUCAACAUACAUGUAUCAGUAAAAUGUUAGGGGUGUUAGAAUACAACAGCAGUAAAUUCUGCUUCUAUCAGCAGAUUGCCCUCUUCUUGAUCAUAUUAACUUAAUGUCUUCAAUUAUUUGCAGUAAGUAACUCAUAGUUGUGUGCAGCUUAUGACCCACUAAGUAAGUCAAUCAAGGAAGAACAGUCUAUGAACACUGACACUGCCAAAGGUGCAAAUGUGCAAUAGUUAAUAUAAUGUGGAAUGGAGAUUCUUUAACUCAGGAUUUAACUUUAAAAACUUUUAUGCAAUUCGAUCCAUGUUUGUGAUCUAAUUCUGUAUCGUUUCAUCAGAAUUCAGAGAAAAGUGAGCUAUCCAUAUUUUCUUAAUAAAAUAAAUAUGUCCAUAAAUUACACUCUCAUCUUUUGCCAUUUCAAAUGAAGCAGAAUGUAUCUGAAUACUUCAAAAUUGUUUAUUAUAAAGAAGGCAGAGCAAUUGUUUACACUCUCAAAUAUAGUUUGACUCUUCCCAUUGAAUGAUUCUUUUUUAUUUUUUUAGAUCUUUGCUUUAGAAUAUUUUAAUACCUUAUUCAACUUGGAUAUGUAUUUUCUAUUGAAGGUUGAAGUCAUUUCUUCGAAAUAUUAUAGUAACUGCUGUAUAGUUGUAUUUAUGUAGCGAAGCUUGGUUGCAUAUUGAAAAAUCGAUAUAUUCAGCAUUUAAAAUGUGUGAAAAUGAGAUAGGCAUAGUAAACGACCAGAUGGCUCAGAUCAACAUGGUUAACCUGAUGGACAUAUACAUAUUAUUUCUGACCUAUCUGAUCAGAUACUAUGCACUGGAAUAUUUUUGAGUGUAUUAUAUAUGUGAGGUUUAGUGAUGAAAGAAAAGGAAAAGAAAGACUGAUAAUUUCACCUUGUAUUGUUUAUGGCCAGCAUGAUGUUUAUCAAUUUAUAUUCCCUCAAAAUGUUUGAGCAAAAGAAAUUAAAGAAUGAAAGAAAUAUUAAAGUUAAUAAUAUUGUUUUAAUAAAUUAUAAUUUCUUUCAAUUUAGGAAAUGUUUCGGAACUUCCUAGUGUAUUGAGCUUUAAUUUAUUACAACUGUUCUGAAGGGCAAUCUUCACUAUAACGGCUUUAGACUUAGCAAUUUAUUUAUUUUAUGCUUACUAUGAAAAGUAUUUCACUAGUUCUACAACUCUGAACUAAAUGUAUUGCUAAAUUAACUCCUUGUUUUCAAAUUUACAAUUACAAUGCACAAAACAUGUGAAUCAGUUCAUUGUGUAAGUUCAAAAAUACUUGUGCAUAUUUGAUUUGUUCACAAUUAUUUAACACUUCCAUACUGGUAAUAAAAGUUGUCAAAAAUAAUCGUAGGAAAAGAAGAGAAUAGGAGGAGGGGCAGAUAAUAUUUUUCAACCCAGUAUUUUAUAUUAUUUGUUGUUUAUAUAUGUAAAACUUUGUGACAGACAAGUUACAUUAAUUCCUAUUUCUAACAUAAGAUAGUCCAGUACAUCUCAAACGAGUGUUUUUAUGUUGCUAUUACACAAUGCUAGUGAAUUUGAAGCGGUAAUUUCACAGUAUGUUCAAAGUAUCAAGUUUUAUUGCAUUUUUUGUUAGUUCUACCCUUUACAUCUGAUUUGAUAAUUCUGUGGAACUUAGAUUAUGGCAAUUUAAGUUCAUUUCUGAGAAUCUGGAUCCUUUGUUAACUUUAUCUUCAAUUUUGUAUCAUGAUAGGCCUAUGCUUUCUUUGAUGACAAAGCGUAGCUUAUCAUACUAGAAAAUUAACAAGUCCUUUAGUAGCAUCACUAAAAUGAACAACUUACAAAUUACGUAUUUUUCAUGUGAAGUAGGUAAAUUAUCUUGUUCUCAGGAUGAGUACCAGUAGCAGAGGAAGUACUUUUUGAUUAACCAGAAUUGGAGCUCUGCUACUACUAGCAUUAGAUCAUAAGAAAGCCUCUAAUUUAUAUGUUGAGUGGAAUUUGCUGUGUUGAAAUAGAAGUAUUAAGUUCCAUUUUUCAGUGCUGUAUUGAGCCUGUUACAAGCCAAAUCUGUUUUUAUCAUUGAUCCAAUAUAUACUCCCUUGAUAUUUUUUCCCCUUUUCUUUCAAUAUUCCAUACUCUUUUGGUUGAUCAAAAACAAAUCUGUAGAGUGAUAUGGGUUUGCAUCUUUGCAUUUUGUGUAAUAUGUUUGUCUCGCAUACGGGGUUCAAAAAAUAUUUUCCCCUCCGAGUGAAAGAUACCAAUCAAAUACAAUAAGGCUGACGUCUGUGCACAAGGAAUAAUCAGAAUGCUCAUUCUUAAAUAUACUAAAAUUUUGUAUUCAUGUAUGCUGAUUUGUUUCAUAUCUUUGCUUCUUCUUUAUAAAGGAUUCUCCAAGAAACUUCCAAUUCCAUAUUGUAAAUAUUAGGAAAAUUUAGACAAGGGCAUUUCAGUUAUUGCUUAUCUCUUGCUAGUGAAUACAUUAUUAGUAGCAAACAUAUUUUACAACUAUCCACAUGCUUUGUGCAUUAAUUAGAACUGCUCAUAUAAUAUUGCAGUGCCUGAUUUUCGUGGUGCUAUAUAGUGUUUUCAUGUGUUGUAAAUCCCUGUUUUACGCACAGUCAUUUUUCAAAUGCCUGUCAGAUGUGAUAAUAUCAUAAGAAUUUUGAGCUGUGAUCUCCAUCUUGUAAAAUGUUCAAUUGUAAAACUUAUAAAACAAUGAAAAUCAUGAUUCUUGGAGCAUGUGUAAAUAAGGGGCUGGUUCACAAAUCUGAUUUGUCCUCACCAGUUUUAUGUAUUUAAUUUCUUUACUGCAGAAUAGGAUAUAAAGAUUUGUGCUUAAAAAAAUCUUUGAUUUUUAGAGUAGAUUAUUUUUCGCUCUGAUGCAUUGUUUGUUGUAAAACAAUUUUUUAUAUCCUAGGUUAUUUUAAUUGUUUAUUAAAUACAUUUUGUAACACUGAUGUAUCUUGAAAAUAUUUUGAAUAACUUAAUUAAUUUUAAAAACUAUCAGUAUUAGAUUGUGAGAAUGUAUCAUUUUCAAGAAUCUUAUUGUCAGAUCAGUACUUUUUUAACCACUGAAUGUUUCUUUCUUAUACUUUUUUAUUCAAAUGGUUAGUUUCUGCUGCACUGUAGUCAAGUUUAAACUGGUAAUGGUGUAUUUGUCUUUGUUGCUGAUCUAUGUAUUCAGUCACAUAGCAUGUUUGAUCUUUGAUUUUUUGUUCACCUUCUAGGAUAUGUACCCUUCACUUUGUGGCAUUGUGUUGGUUUUGGGGGAUACUUGUUAUCAUGAAAUCAGACAUGUGAAAGUCCAAUUACCUGAGUAAGAAAUGUUAGAUGAUUUGAAUUUUUGGUUACAUUACCUAUAUAUCAUAAAUUAGUAUUUGAUUUUCUGGUUACAAAUAAUACACAUUAAUCGUUACUUGAGGAUGUUACAACCAAAGUAAUGUAAGUCAUGUUUUGAAAAUAAUGCAGUAGAGUCGUAAAUUACAAUUAGUUUAACCUUCAUGACUUAAACCAAUUUGGCUUUCGUUCCCUUGAUAACCUACUAGUAAAUUCUUGCCUAUUGAAUUGAGAUUGGUUUUCAUAAUAUUACAGUCAGUGACAUGUUCAUAUCAGUCAAAAUUACUUCAGAAUUGAUUUGUUAGUUGUUGUUUGGAGUUUAUCUUACUACUAGAAAGAUAUUUAAAAAAUAGGGGGUAUUGGAAGCUAAGAAGAUCGAAGAGUAGAUCGAAGUAUUUAAGAUGAACAUUUAACUUGGGUACAUUGUCUCCAGAAAAAAAAAAAAUCAAAAGUUCAUAGAAAUGAAAUUCAUGUUUGAAAGUGUUAGUUGAUGUAUUUGGAAUGUUCUGUUUCGGUUUACAUAAGAGAUGUGUAGUAACAGAGCAGUAAUCAGAAAGACUACUCAGAGACAAAGACGCAUUUAAAUUUUAAAUCUUUCUGUAAUAGCGAAUUUGGCAAAAUUGUAUUAUAUAAAAUAUGUCAUUACAUACUGCCUCUAUCUGUUCCCUAAUAAAUAAGUAUAUAAA